GCCGCCAUCGGUUCCGGUUCCGGGUGCGCGGCGGUGGCGGAGGGCAUGGCGGCGCUCGGAAAGGUCUCCCGGCUGCUGCGCGGCACCGCCGCCCUGCGCUCCCCGCCGGGCCGGAGCAUGUCGGCCGCGGCCCACGAGGGCGGCGGAGCCCGCCUGUGGAGGCUCUUGACCUUCGUGGUGGCUCUGCCCGGUGUGGCUGUUUGCAUGCUGAACUGCUACCUGAAGGCACAGGAGGAGCACCAGAGACCCGAGUUUAUUCCUUACGCUCACCUCCGGAUCAGGACUAAGCGUUUCCCCUGGGGUGAUGGGAACAAAACUCUGUUCCACAACCCCCAUGUGAAUGCUCUCCCAACUGGUUAUGAAGAUGAGCACUGAGAUCCUGGCCACAGCCACAGCUUUGGCUCUUCCCAUCUUGGUCCAGUGUUGCAUGAGAACCAUCCUUUAGGGAACCAUUACUUAAAAAUCUCUUGAGCUUCUUUUGCAACGAAGCUGGAUGGGGUCAUCACCUCUGUCUGUACUCGUGUGAAGGUCCUUUAAAUAAAAACUCUGAACGUGAA